UCUGAUACUCCUGGACUGCUAGAAUCAGACCAAAAUAGUACGCAUAUCAAAAGUUCCUAGCGCGCUGUAAACACUUAGUUCGUUUUCAAUCGGAUUAAAUCCAUUACUGUUGCAAUAGCUAUUUUAAAGUUGUUUGGUGAAAGACAAACUUGUGCGUUUUUCUAAAUUAUCUAAAAUGUCUUGCAAAAAGGGUGCAAAUUGGACGGAAGGAGAAACGCGAACAUUUCUUGAAUUAGUAACAGAAAAGAGCAUUUUAAGUAUAAUGGAUGGGAAGAAACAUCGACACAUAGAAAUUUUUCGAAUGCUAGUACCCGAAAUGCAAACAAGAGGUUAUGAUAAAACGGCCGAGCAAAUGAAGUUGAAAUUAAAAAAUUUAAGAACAGCAUAUAUGAAAUGCAAAAGAGAUAAUAAUGUCAGUGGUGCUGCUCCCUCAACGUGCCCAUUCUAUAACGAGUUAGAUGUAUUAUAUGGAAGCAGGCCAUGUGCCUUAGGUAGCAGCAGUAAUCAAGUUGGAAUUGACACUGCAGAAAUAAAUAAUAAAGAAGAUAUUGAAGAGGAUGACGAAAUAUGUACAUUAGAUGUUGAAGAGGGUGACGAAAUUCUAAAUGAAGAUGAAGAAAAUAAAGCCCCACCAGCCAAAAAGAAAAAACAAACAAAAACUGGAAGAAGAAGCUAUGAAAUCAUGUUGCAGAGUCAUAAUGAUAAGUGGUUGGAAAAUCAAAAAGAUUUAUUUAACAGUAUCGCAAACAAACAAAUAGAAUUCCAAAAAUAA